AUGAACAAUACUUUGGCAACUCUCGUCAAAAUAAACGCUGACGGAAAAUCUACAUGUUCUGAGAAAACACAAGUAUCAUCAUAUAAGGAAGUGCUAAAACAGUAUAUCCCUUACUUUCAUGCGAUGUUUUCCGAUAACUUUAAAGAAUCUUCCAAGACACUGAUUGAACUGGGAGAUGAUACAGACUUUCAGGCUGUCUCUAAACUCACCAGUUUUGUUUACAAAGGAACUUUACAAGUGGAAGCGGCAGACAUUCAGAGUGUGUAUGAAGUUGCAGAUCAGUGGGGUAUGACAGGUAUAGCCAGCAUAUGUUCUCAAUUCAUGAUCAGAGAACUGGAUGCUUCCAACUGCCUCAAUCUUUUCCACCUGGCACAGAUGCACAGUUGCCAGGAACUUAUCAAAGCCUGUCUGCUAGUUUUUUCUCAGCAGUUUCAAGCUGUGAGCCUGACAAGCAGCUUUUUACAAUUGCCAUCACACACUUUGUCCAGACUACUGCAGCUUGACGAUAUUAAUGCAGGUUUGCCAUCCAAGUUUUCUCCUGUAAACUGA